AUCAACCAGCAAAACACCCCGCGAACGCCAAGGAUCUCCCCUCAGUCUCCGGCGAGCGAGCUCGCGCGGCUCACGUCCACAGGGGGCCGGCAGCGGUAGGCCCCGCCCGCCCGGAUCCGCAGGCAGCCGCGGCGUGGUGGAGCCAGGAUCACCAGCCAGCGCCCGCGGAUAAAAGCGCCAGCGCGGCAUUGAGUCGGAAGAGGCAGAAGCUGAGCCAGGGUAGCGAGCCGAGGAGGGCGCGCGGCGAUGGCGGCGGCGGCGGCAGCGGCCGUGGCGACCGUGUCCUCCCCAUCCCCCGCCUCCAGGCGGCUGCUCCCCUCGUCCUCCUCCUCCGCGGUCCCGUCCCUCCUCCGGCUCCCGCGGCCGGGCAGGCGGCUCCGGCGCGCGCUGCGGGUCGUCUCAGCGGCGGGGGGCGAGGCGGACGUGCUGCCGGGGCCGGGGGCCGAGGCGGAGGCAGCGGUGCCGGGGAGGCUUGAGGAGCCGCUGGGGGGGAGCCAGCUCAACAUCGGCGGGCUCGCCUUCCAGGGCGACGUGGGCGGGGGCUUCGCCAGCGGCGGCGGCGGGGCGGGCUCCGGGGCCUCCGGCGGCGGGGACGGGAACAAGACGCUGGACCGCGGGAUCAACACGGCCAUCGUGCUCGGGGCCAGCACCUACGCGCUCACCAAGCUCCUCACCGUCGACCAGGACUACUGGCAUGGGUGGACGAUCUUUGAGAUCCUCCGGUACAUGCCCGAACACAACUGGUCGGCAUACGAGGAGGCUCUCAAGGCCAACCCGGUUCUGGCCAAGAUGAUGAUCAGUGGCGUAGUCUACUCCCUCGGUGAUUGGAUCGCGCAGUGCUACGAAGGCAAGCCAAUCUUUGAUUUCGACCGUGCUCGGAUGUUCCGAUCUGGGCUUGUUGGGUUCACUCUUCAUGGGUCACUUUCUCAUUACUAUUACCAUAUCUGUGAGGCACUGUUCCCAUUCAAGGAUUGGUGGGUUGUCCCUGCAAAGGUUGCAUUCGAUCAGACGAUCUGGUCUGCAAUUUGGAACAGCAUCUACUUUGUGGUCUUGGGUUUUCUUCGGUUGGAAUCACCUAGCACUAUCUACAAAGAGCUCAAGUCCACAUUCUGGCCCAUGCUUACGGCUGGGUGGAAGUUAUGGCCUUUUGCGCACUUGAUUACAUAUGGUGUGAUUCCUGUUGAGCAAAGGCUUCUAUGGGUUGACUGUGUGGAGCUAGUCUGGGUCACGAUACUGUCAACAUACUCAAAUGAGAAGUCGGAGGCAAGGAAUUCCGAUGGUAUGUGCACACCAGAUACUUCGAAGGACAACUCUAGAUAGCAACUAGAGACACCAUGGAAGCAGCUUUGCCAUUACAUCGUUUCAGGGUUGAUGUAAAUUGUACAAGUUCUGCUGCAGCAGCUCUGCAGGUGUAACCAUUUUCGUUCUUUUAUGGAUAUACAUGAAACACAAAUUGUGCAGCAUGUGCCAUAGACAAUUAGAAAGAAAUUAGCUUGUUCCAGAACUGCAGAUGAAAUUGAGUUGGACGGAAAUGCAGUAAUCAUGGACUUGUGGUCCUGGAAAUUUUGCCGGUUGCAUGCCCGGACUAUUCUGCUGCUGGUUAUGUUCACAAAAAAAAAGACUAUUCUGCUGGUUAUCAGUGUACGAACGAGAUGGUGGACUGGUGUACGCACGAGUAAGUGGAAGCCGUGGAAGAAAGACCAACUUGUUAAAACUUAAAGCGGCGGUCGCCACGUUGGACAUACGGGAUUUCUACCAAGGAAGCAAGAUGAGCAUUGAGGGUGGACAACUGGGGAGGUACCAUGUUUGUUUGCUUUCACUUGAACCAAGUUUUCCUUUAAUGGGAAAACAAAGCGAUUCUGUACAACUGAACAAGCAGAAAAAUAGAAGAAGAAAAAAAAGAGAGACUCUAGUGCAAGUGCCUACACGCCAUUAUGUGAUGGAACAAGCAGAAGAGUGGGGUGGGGGUGAAGGUGGAGCUCUUGUACGUGUGUGUGUUUUGGAAGAAACAACGCCAGUAUGUUAUGUAUUGAUAUGCAGCUCAAUUUGGGUACCUUUCAAACCAUGAAACCGACGUAGAGAUUCAGCACAUCAACAUCUACCAGACUACCAGCUUCCCUCAUGGUACUGCAGCCUUGAGCCGAGAACCCUGUUCUGUACAAACACUCGUUAAGUCGUUGUACUGUGGUGCAUUUGCAAGGUUAGGGAUGCCCACGGUGGUGGCAGAUGCUCAGAGAAGGCUGACGCAAACUUUCGGACUUAUGUAUUAAGAAGAAUCUACUAAUUUGGCUUACCAUUUUAAGUAUA